AUGGACUUGUUCUACCUCGGUCGUCAGCUCAUCACGACCCUGCCUUCCGGAAACGGUACCGAUGUCAGCGGUCUACCUAUCAAACUCCUCGAAGCGGUCGUUCCAGGUUACAGCCUCUUCGCAAAUGUUGCUCAGCAAUGGCUUGGCUUCGACGUGAGUUUGGUCAUGACUUGUAUCGCCUUCUUCUUCAUCGCCAAACGUGCUGUUGACUUCGUCUGGUUUCGUUUUUACGGCACGUUCCUCAACCACUUCACGAGCUCUGUGCAUAUCGAUGGCAGUGACGAGCUGUACACCACAGUCCUCAAGUGGAUCGCAGCAACCAGGCCCGAUCUUUCCAAACGCUCGCUCACUGCUCGUACACAAUACGGAUGUAUGUACGACUCCGACAGUGAAGAUGAAGACGAAGACGAGGAUGCAGACCUGCUUGCAAAAGUCGCCAUUGGUGAACAUGGCUACUUCAACUUCUCGAAGACUGCCGCACGCAUUCCACCUCGUUAUGAACCUGAUCAUGGCCAAUUCUGGUUCUCGUCUCCACGCGGCACCUUCCAGUUCAAGAAGACUGAAUACACCUUCCGUGGUAGUGAUGGCAUUGAGCGCACAGAGUCUUGUGUCGAUAUCUCCUGUGUCGGUCUCGAUACCAACCCCAUCAAACUGUUGCUCACCGACAUCAAGGCUUGGACUGUACGCAAAGAGGGAUCAAAGACCGUCAUCUGUAUACCAGCAAUGGAGCGCUGGAAUGGAUGGAUGAAAGGCUCCGAGCGUCCAUCCCGCCCACUCGACACUGUAAUCCUGGAUCCAGAGCAAAAGUUGCGCAUCUUGCAAGACAUGAAUGAGUACCUGCAUCCUCUGAGCUCAAGGUGGUAUGCUGCUCGUGGCAUACCAUACCGUCGCGGCUACCUGUUCUCCGGUCCUCCUGGAACUGGUAAGACGAGUUUGAGCUUCUCGCUCGCUGGUAUCUUUGGUCUAGAUAUUCACAUCGUCAAUCUCAUGGAUCCCAAUAUGACUGAGAGUAUGCUGGCAAGACUGUUCAACUACCUGCCGAAGAGAUGUAUUGUCUUGUUUGAGGAUAUUGAUGCAGCUGGAAUCAAGAAGCGACAGGACGAGUCCGAUUCUGAUUCUGACUCUGACUCUGACUCUGAGCCUGAGAAUGUUGAGAGAAAUGCAGUGAAGACGAAGGCUGGCAGGAGCAGAGCCACUCGUCAGGCCCGCUCGGAAUCUUCAUCUCCUUCGCCUCGCAAACGCCACCGCAGUCGUAAAACCACAUCGUCCUCCUCGUCUAACAACAAGGAUGAGCCUACCUCCAAGAUCUCGCUCUCCGGUCUGCUCAAUGUGAUCGACGGUGUAGCAACACAUGAAGGUCGCAUCCUCAUCAUGACGACCAACCAUCCUGAAAAGCUUGACCCAGCACUGGUACGCGCAGGAAGAGUUGACAUGCAAAUUAAAUUCUCGUACGCCACUACUCCGCAGAUCAAGAGUUUGUUUUUGAGAAUGUACACUGGGGAUAACAUCCCUACUGACACUACAAAAACCUUCUUGUCGACGGUGGGUAUCAAGAGAGACACAGAGAGUCUCGCUAGCAAUGAAGAUGGAGAGGCACUACUUACACAGGAUGAGCUGAAGGCUUUGAGUACGAGAUUUGCUGAGAAGCUGCCAGAGGGAAAGUUUGCUCCUUCUGAUGUGCAGGGAUAUCUACUGCUGUACAGGAAAAAGCCCAGAGAGGCCGUCGAUCAGGUCGAGGCUUGGAGGGAUGCAAAGCUCUUGGAGAUGGCUGAGAAGGAGAAGAACAAGGUUGUUGGAAAGAAGGUGAAGAAGACUUAA